AUGUCAGAAGGGAAGAUAGAUCUGCCGAACGAUCUCAUCUUGUCGAAAUCGUCUGAUCAGUUGAAAGUUUCUCUGUUUCCUUCACCUAUUGACUUCUUUCAUUUUCGUUUUUCUGCAGAAUUGGCGUCAGAUAACAGUAUUCCCUUGUCUCCGCAGUGGCUUUACACGAAAUCAAGCGAUAGCAAGAUGGAUGUUCGAUCUCCUACUCCGGUGUCCAGAAAUCCAAGUGACCCAAAUCUGAAGGAUGCAUGGCGCUUGGAUGCACCGGAGGAAAAAAAGGACUGGAGGAAAGUUGUGCCUGAGAAUGAAACAAGUCGCAGAUGGCGUGAAGAGGAAAGAGAAACUGGUUUACUCGGUGUUAGGAAAGUGGAUCGAAGGAAAACAGAACGUCGCAAUGACAAUGUCUCAAGCCGAGAAACCGGCGACGUUAAAAAUAUUGCCUCUUCUGAUAGGUGGCAUGAUGUUAACUCUCGUGCUGCUGUACAUGAACCUCGGCGCGACAACAAAUGGUCAUCUCGCUGGGGCCCUGAUGACAAAGAGAAAGAAACACGUUCUGAGAAGUUAGAUAAUAACAAGGACAAGGAAGAGCCUCAGACUGAGAGUCAAUCUGCUGUUGGCAGCGUCCGUGCGACUUCUGAACGGGACUCUGACCCUCGUGACAAAUGGAGGCCACGUCACAGGAUGGAAUCCCAGUCUGGUGGGCCGAAUCCUUACCGUGCUGCACCUGGUUUUGGACUCGAUAAAGGACGAACCGAGGGCCCAAAAGUAGGGUUCACCGUGGGACGUGGAAGGGCAUCCGUGACUGGGAGGGGUUCUUCAACUACCUCUAUUGGUGCUGGUGCGUUCUUAAGAAAUGAAAGCAUCCCUGGUAAACAAAGCCCUUCUGCCUCUAUGUUUCGGUAUCCAAGGGGUAAGGUUCUUGACCUGUAUAGAAAACAGAAGCCUGAUCCUUCCCUCGGUAGGGUACCCACUGAGAUGGAGGAAGUUGCCUCCAUAACUCAAGGGGCUUUGAUCGAACCUCUUGCUUUCAUCACACCUGAUGCUGAAGAAGAGGCAAGCCUUACCGGUAUAUUGAAGGGAAGGAUCACUAGUAGCGAAGCGCACAUAUCAUCUGGGGAAGAAUCCUUAGGUGAAAACAGCCUGGUGGAAUUCCGCGUACCUGGCUCAGGUGAGACAAAAGUGGAUGGUGCUUCACUAGGGGUUGUGAUUGGUGACAAAGGUUCCAUGGCUUCUGAAAGUCAUGGAUCUGUUGGAGUUGGUUAUCAAGUUUCUCAUGGAAGUCCUGAAGCAGCUAGAUCUGUGUUGGAUGCGAGCAGACCCCUUGUUGCAUCUUUUGAGCAAGAUUACAUGGGCAAACUGCAGCAACCAGAUAUUGAAGUGAACCACUUCGAAGGGGCUAUGCCACCUGAGGAGUUUAUGUUCUUGUAUAUUGAUCCUCAGGGAGUAAUUCAGGGACCGUUCAUUGGAUCUGACAUUAUUUCCUGGUUUGAACAAGGGUUUUUUGGGGCAGACUUACAGGUUCGCUUAGCAAAUGCUCCAGAAGGAACUCCUUUUCAAGAUCUAGGCAGGGUCAUGUCAUAUUUAAAGAUGGAAGAUGUUCAUGCCCAUAUCAGUGAUGAGAAGAGUGAGCUAGAACAGACUAGUUUAAAAGCAAACUCAGAGACUGGUUUAUCGAUUGCACCUGUAGCGGAAUCUAAUGGUUCAUCCGCAAUAUCUAGUACCGGUCUCUCAUUUUCUGUGAAUAACAACACCUCAGCUCAGGAUAAUUUUCAGAGAAAGACUGAGUCAGAAAUUUAUGUGAAACCACCACAUGCCGAGGACCGAAGUUUCUUGGACUUUUCUGCUCAACAUGAAGGAAGAGCUGGAGUUUCUGGUUAUGCGUCGCUAAAAUCCUCUACAAGUAUGCAUGAUGCUUCAAUGGAGCAUUCUCGCCACUCUGCUAAUCUUGGUGAAUCGACUGAGGCUGCUACUCAAAAUCAGAAUGAGAAUAAGCUGCACCCGUUUGGUGUAUUGUGGUCUGAGCUAGAGAGCAGUAAUACACCAGUUAACCUGUUACCAAACAGGUCUUAUGAUCCAAUGGGGGAGCCUACUGAUUCAAUAGACAGCUGGCCCAUUGAUUCCCGAAAAAAUACACAAAAUGACACCAACAUGUCCCUCGAUGCUCUGACUGCUAACCGGCUGUCGCAGUUUGAACAUGUCCCCAACCGCUUUAACAUUGGGGAUCAACUUCCAUCAAAUCAACAUAACCAACAGCAAUUCCAAAACUGGGAUAUGAUGUCGCAUUCAGGACAUGGCCUGAAGUAUCCUGAGAAAGCUCAAGAUUUGGAUAAUUUUAUAGCUCUCCAGUUGCGGGAGCAGCAGAAGAUCCAGUUGCAACAGCAGCAGAAGAUUCAGUUGCAACAGCAGCAGAAGAUUCAGUUGCAGCAGCAGCAGCAGCAGAAGAUUCAGUUGCAACAGCGUCAGCUGGAACAAGAGUAUCAAUUACAUCAGAAGCUCUUACAGGAGCAACAACAGUCCCAUGCUCGACAGUUACAGUUUCAACAGAUUCUACAAGGACAGACUCCUGAUUCAAGGUUUGGGCAGUCACAUGACUUCCAUCGAUCCAUCAGUGUUGAUCAGAUGUCGGUAGAGCAGCUAUUGAAUGAAUUGCAGAAAAGCUCUGGCCAUCAGUCACAUGACUUCGCUCAACAAAUGUUGUUAGAGCAGCAGCUAAUUAGUGAAUUGCAGAGAAGUUCUGGCCAUCCGUCACGAAAUUUCGCACCAUACAUAGAGCAACUUGCCGCUGGAAAUUUUGGGCAGUUGCCACAUGAAGGCCAUCAAAAAGAGCUACUUGAACAGCUACUUUCAACACAAACGCAAUCUCAGUAUGGACAAAUGCAAUCCCAAUACGGACAAAUGCAAUCUCAAUAUGGACAACUGCAAUCUGAUCCAAUCCGGUCGUUGGAGCACCAACUACUGCAGCAAGAGCAGCUCAUGCAAUUGGCAAAUGGAGUGAGGCACAAUUCACUAUUGGAGGAACAGAGACAUAUUGACCCUCUGUGGCCAUCUGACCAUAAUGAUCAGCUUCUAAGAAGUCAUCCUGGGAUCCACCGUUCCCGCUCUUCUGCGGGAAUUAGACCACUAGACUUUCAUCAACAGCAGCAGAGGCCACCUUUUGAGGAUCAGUUUGGUCAACAUGAGCGGAACCUCUCAUAUCAGCAACAACUUCGACAAGAAUUAUUCGAGCAGGGUCUUCCAUUUGAGCGAUCAGCAUCUUUACCUGCAAGUGCAUCGGGGCUGAAUCUGGUGGAUGCAUUAAAUGGUCUUGGACUCUCUCAGGGUCUGGAGUUGCGGGAUGCCACUGUUCACAUGCAAUCUUCUGGCAGAUUGGGAAAUUCUACUCCGGGUUUCAAUCAGCAGAAUCUCCGCAUGCAAUUAGGUGAACCGCAUUUUGCACAAUUGGAACAAACGAGAGAACGCUGGCCUGGAGCAGAUACACAGCUAGCAGGUGACUGGGCCGAAUCUCAAUUUCAUAGAUCAAAUAUUGAUGCUGAACAUAAUAAAAUGAGGAGGCUGGGUGAGGAUUCCAACUCAUGGAUGGUUGAUGGAUCUUCAGAGGACAAGUCAAAGCAGCUUUUUAUGGAGUUGCUCCACCAGAGACCAGGCCAUCAAUCUGCAGAGUCAGCAAGCAUGAACCGCGGGGAAUCCUUUGACAGGAUCCAUGAUGGUAGACUAAACGCUUCAUCUACUUUUGGGUCGCAUGCGUUUUCUGAUGAACAGAUAAACAGAUUACCAAGAGACGGGAACUAUAUGGGACCAUUGCAUCGUAAUAGUUCCUUGCGGUCUGGAAGUAUCGAUGAUGGGCGGUCAACUCAGAAUGAAACUCAAGAAGCCUUGGGUAAUAUGUUUGCUAUGAACAAAGACGCGAAUGAGAUAAAAAAUUGGAACAGUAUGGCGCCCAAAAUUGAGGGAAUGGGAAGGAUGCCAUUUGAAGGCCAGGACAGAAUGAACAGGCAACUAGACUCCUUGGUUCAAGGGGAGCUUCCUGUUGUUACGCCUGCCCAACAGACUUCUUUCAAUAUCUCUGAGCCUUACAGUGACAACUUGGUUGGAGAAGAAAGAAGGAAGGAUAGGAUGGUAGUUCCAUCACACGGGCAGGAAUCAGUAUUGUUAAAAAGGCCUCAGUCGUCGCAUUCUUCAUCAUCGCAUGAGGGAUUGCUCGAGCAUUUGUCCGAUGCAGCCAACAGGACUGCUGCUACUUCUUACAGUGGAAUUGAAGGAGGAGGAGGGAGACGGGAAGCAGGAGGAGCAGGGGGAGGAAACAAAGGAGAGGCGUCCUUCAGCGAGAUGUUGAAGAAGAGCAGUAGCAGCAGCAUGAAGAAAGUGGCGGCAGAGUCAUCUGAUGCAGCAACCACCGAAGGAGGCAAAGGAGGCGGUGGUGGGAAGAAGAAAGGGAAGAAAGGGAGGCAGCUUGAUCCUGCUCUUCUCGGCUUCAAAGUCGCCAGCAAUCGCAUCCUUAUGGGCGAGAUUCACCGCGCUGAUGAUUUUUAG